AUGGCUGUGGACUUUGGCGCGCUACCCACCGUAAUUCAGCACGAAAUGUUGCGCUACAUGGACCUGAAAAGCUUCUUCAAGGUGGCCAUCACCAGCAAAGCAAUGAUGGCGACGGCCAAGGCAUGCGGUGACAAAUAUUGGGACGUGGAAAUUGAGCAGCGCCAAGGGAUGGAGCAUUUCCUGCUGUUCGACACUAAGUACCAGCCAGAAAUUAGAAGCCCGGAAACGAUACAGCUGCUCUUCCACAAUUGUACCGUGAGACGGUUGACGCUCUACAGCCGAAUCCCCAGACACCUCGACCUCCGCGCCUACGUCGUGUCACUGCGACUGUCGUACGUGUCGUUGCGUCGGAUUUUGAAACGUCACAAGCCGAUCGGGAAGUACGUUUGCGUGCACAGCACCCAGCCAUUUGUGCAGAAACGCGGAUUGGUGCAAUGGAUGGAGGCAUCUGUACAGGGUCAGAUAACAAUUCUCCCGGGUACUACGUCAGGACCUCCGGAUGCGCCGACAUGCGAUGCCUGGGCCUGGGGGCAUCAUUAUGGACCGCUGGAACUGAAUGCACAACUUUACGCCGAAGAAUGGCUCAAGGGCAAUUUUCAAAUGCGUAGUAGCGCUGUUUUGUCCGAAUUUGCAAGGCCUGAGGGCGUGGACCCGCCGGCGUUCUUUCAAAAAUACCCAAAGCUCUACAUUCCCUCCCAUCGAGCCACCUAUUACCGCCUCAAACGGGCGGACGGCCAAUUCUUGAUCGUAAAGUUGGACGAUGAAUGGAGCAAAAUUCGGCUGACCGACCGCCGGUAUUUCCGUCUGCCGCGAAGCCGUCAUCCUACCCUCAAGCGAUUUGUGUAUCCG